AUAAAAUGGAUAAUAUAGAUGACUUCACUGCUAACCUUGAAGAAUGCCUCAAGGAUUCUGUCUUUGAGGAGAAUAUCUGUAAGAAGCCUAAGAGGCUGACUAAGAAUCCUGGAAAGAAGCGACAGAGGAAAACUAAGGAGCAGAUGAAGAUAUUGGAGAAAUAUUAUGAACUCAAUGAGGACUGGAGCAACGAGCUGAUCGAGUUAAUAGCAUUAGAAACAAAUCUUAAAGAAAAACAAGUCUCUAAGUGGUUCUGGGAUCAGAAAACUAAGAAAACUGGAUCUUAUAAGAAGCCUAAAAAGGCAAAGAAGACUCAGAAAGCUCAGAAAGGGAAUAAAAGAGUAAAAACUACUGAUACUGAACAAAUUGAGAAUUUUAAAAAUAUUUCAAAGCCAGUAAAACCCAAGAUCAAACCCAAACUCACGAUUCAAAGUGUUCCACAAGUUGAGUAUAAAGUAGAACCUAUCAAACUCCAGAAGCCUUGUUUUGCUCCUAAACAACAUGAGAUGAAGAAUAAUAAUAAUCUUGGCAUUAGGAUUCCAUUCCAGAAGAAUCCUCAUGAAUCCAAGGUGAAGUCUCCUUCAUUUCCUAUUCCAAAGGACUUGCCUCCGAAAGAGAAAGAGAUGAAUUAUUUCCGUCCUGAAUUUAAGAAGCAAACUAACCUCCACGUUGAUAAAAUGGAAAAUGAUUCAAUCCGUUCAUCUAAGAACUCUAAUAAGUCCUUUGGCUUCAGAGAAAGAUUCUCGAAAUUUUCGAAAAUGAAGAACCUUAAAAUCCAAGUGAACAACAAUUUUGAUGAUAACAGGAUGGACUUCAGAGCCGUACAAAGCUGUGUUUACCCAAGAGAUCCUGUUAUAAGAAAUGAGGGAAAAGAGCUACCAGUCCCGCUUAUAUUAUCUCGGGGUCAUACACCUGAGAUUAAUAAGCUAGGAUCUGGCAUGAACAUCUUUAGUUUUGAAAAUGCUAGAUCUCCAAACCCGAUGGUCCCAUUUGCGCCUUCUCCUAAUAGAAGACCAGUGCAAUAUGAUGACAGACGGAUGGGUAAUCAAAUGACUUCGGAUUAUCAGAUGUUAGAGUCCCAUAGUCCUUAUAGACCAGGAUUUCAAUUUACGAAGCAAUAUGCACUUUCUCCUGCAUUAAAUUUUGAUUCUUCAUACAGAAGACCUGGAAAUCAAAACUUCUUCUUCAAUACCGCAGUGGUAAACCCUAAUUCUAUGGGAAUGACCCCUGAAGCGAAUCCAUUUAAGAAGGAUUAUGAGAAGUUUAAUCCUUGUCAGCCUCAAGAUUACAGUGCUAAUAAGAUGAAAACCACUCAGUAUUUUAACUUCGACCAGAACAUGGUCCAUGAUAUGAGAGGAAAUAAUCCAUAAAUACAAAAAUAAUCAAU